CUUGUCAUUUACUAACUAACUUGCUUAUUUACUUACUAACCAAAUAAAAUAUAACGAAUUUAUUUACUUACUCAUCACAACACAACUAAAAUACUAACGAAAGCAAUCGUUUUUUUACAAUCCUUUCUCCUCCAUAUUUAUUUAUUUAAUUCGUUAUUUAUUCUUAUAUAUAAAGCGAGAAUAAUAUUGGUGCAUAGGGUGCAAAAGAUUUAGGCACAGGAAUAGCCUAGUGCAAGAAUAUCACAACUUUAACUCUUAAAUUAUA